AUGGAUACAACAGAAACAGGGAUUACAUCAAUGAUAAAUGAUACAACAACAGUAACUAAACGUCGUGAUCCCCCAUUGAAUGUAUAUGUACGUAUUCGUCCAUUUAUCGGUGACGAACUUGAACGUAGUGAAAAUCAAAAACUACUUGACAUUAUUAAUGACAACCAUAUUGCUGUUAAAGUCUAUCCAACAAUUAAUAAUACUAUUCGUAAUAUACAAGCAUCAUACAAUGAAUAUGAGGUAUCUCGAAUAUUUGAUGAUAGUUGUACACAAAAAGAAUUAUUUGAACAAAUUCUUGAGCAACCAACCAAUGAAAUCUUUACAGGUUCAAAUUGGUUGCUUUGUACACUUGGUCUAACGAAUAGCGGUAAAACUCAUACAAUGUUUGGUACAGCACAAGAACCUGGUUUAAUUCCUCAAUGUCUUCAUCGAAUAUUUUUAAAUCUUGAAUCAAUGUCUAGAGAAGAUUUAAUUAAACUAUUGAAAAAUUAUAGUAUACUUAAAAAAAAACAUGAGACUAAAAUAAAUGAAUUAACUACUUCGAAUACAAAUUUUAGUCAAACUGAACAACAACUUCGUAAUCAAAUUGCUAAUGAACAAUCAAAAUAUUCUAAAUUAAUAAUAGAAUUUGAUCUCAAUAAAAGUAAUCAAUCAAAACUUCAAGAGGAACUUAAUCUCACACGUCAAUCAUUGGAAGACAUUCAAUUACAAAAUGAAACAUUAAAAACUUCAUCUCAAAAUUUACCAGAUGAAAUAACAAAUCUCAAAAAUGAACUUUCAGUAGUUCAAUCAUCAUCAUCAAAAAAUGAAUCUCAAAAAUGUUCAUCUGAUCCCGAACUUUUAUAUAAUUUUAUUUCAACAACGAUUGAAUUAUUUCAAUUGCCAAUAUCUUUACCUGAUACAAUUGAUAAUGAAUUUUUAACAGUUUAUAAAAAUGAAUUUGAACAAAAACAAGAAAAUUUUAAACAAACACUCGAUCAACUUGAACAAGAUAAAGAUGAAUUACAACAACGUCUUGAAGAUUUAGAAUUUUUAAGUGAAGAAAUUAAAUUAGAAAAUGAUGAUUUAAGAAUAAAAUCAUCAAAAUAUCAACAAGAUAAACAUGCACAAGAAAAAGAAAUCGAUAAUUAUCGUCGACAAAUUGAAGAUUUUGAAGAACAAUUUCUUGAAUUACAACGUGAAAGUCAUUUAAUAGAAUAUGAUAAUAAAUCUCUACAACAACAACAGUCAUCCAUAAUAACACAUCAACACUUUGAUGAAAAUUCUGAUGAGAUUAUUCGUCAAUGUAUGAAUUAUAUUCUCAAACAAAUUGAUAAUAAUAAUCAACAAUUAACAAAAGCAUCAUCAACAUCAUCAUUAUUACUUUCAUCAGAUAUUCCAACAUUAUUACAUUCAAUUGGAAUAACUAAUUGUACAGAUGAAGAUUUUUCUGUACCAUUAAAUUUUGAAAGUGUACUUCGUUUAUGUACAUUAUUAAUUGAACGUUGUAGAGUUUUACAAUAUAUUUUACUUAAAAAUAAUGAUUUAAUAACUAAUGAUUAUGAUAAUCAAUGUGUUUCAUUUAUACAAAAUAAUGAUAAUGAACAAUAUAAAAUUUUAAUUCAUAAACAUGAUCAUGUGGUAUUAGAUACACUUUUUGAAAAAAUUUAUAAUGGAAUGAAUCAAACAAUGAAUUCGAAUGAUUGGCAAAUUGUUAUCGAAAAACCAAUAGAUCAGAAUGCUUCUCCAUAUCUUCGAUUGGAAUUUGAUAAUUUUAAAUUUAUAUCUGACAAAAUCGAACAAGAUCUUAUUCAGUUACGUUCACAAUAUCAACAAUUAACUAAACAAAAUGAAGAUCAACGACAUGAAAUAUCCGUACUUGAAAAACGUCUUCUUUCAAAUAAAUCAAUAACACAAUUAAAAGAUCGUCAAAUUGAAUUAGAAAAACAACUUCUUCAACAAUGUGAAAAAACAAUUCAAUUAGAAACUAUUCUUCAACAAGAAAAUAUUGAUAAAACAAACAUUGAUCAAUUGAAACAUAUUGAACUUUCUUAUAAUCAACUUCAAGAAAAACUUCAAAUUGCUCAACAAUUAGAAGAACAAUUGAAACAAUUAAAUGAAAAAUUCAAUGAAAAAGAUCUUCAAUUUAAACGACAAAAUGAUUUAUUUGAUAAACUUAAGAUAGAUUAUGAGCGUCAACAUUUUUAUAUAUUAGAACGUGAUGAAAAAAUUCGUUUACUUCAAUUAGAAAUAAACGAACAUGAUCAAUUUAAAGAAAAUAUUAUGGAAAAAUUACAUAAAGAAUUUGAACAACAAAAAUCAUUGUUAAUAAAUGCAACACAAAAUCAAGAACAACGUUUUUCAUUACGUUCAAAACAACAAGAUGAUGAAUUUAGUAAUUUAAUUGAAAAAAAUCUUCAAUUAGAAAAUGAUUUAAAACAAAAUCAACAAUUAUUUCAAGAGAAAACUAAACAAAUACAAUUGUUAACAGAUCAAAUAACAAAUUUAGAAAAAGAAAAAUUAGAAUUUAUUCAAAAUAUUGAUGAAUUAAAACAACAAUUAAAAACAAAUAAAUUUAAUGUAGACAAAACAGUCGAUGCAAAUAAUCAAAUAAUGACUCAAGAUACAAUUCAACUACAACAAAAUAUUGAAAAUAUUCAAGUACAACAAUCAAUGAAUACUAACGAUGAAAAUCAGUCAACUACAAUAAAUAAUCUUCAAUCUGAAUUAGUGAAUAUUCGACAAGAAAAUGAAAAACUUAAUCGAAUAAUCAAUGAAUUAAAUCAUAAAUAUGAAAAACAAAUAUCUGAUCCAGGUGAAAAUAUUCAAGAAUUAAAAGAAAAAUAUCAAAAAAUGAAACUAUUAUUAACACGUCUUAAAAAAGAAUUACAAGAUAAAAAUUAUCAACCCAAACAAAGUUCAAUUGAUCUUGAAUUAGCUGAUUAUGAAAAAACAAUUCAACAAUUAAAACAUGAUUUAAUUAAUAAAGAUAAAGAUAUACAAGAUUUACGCGAUGAAUUAUUAAAUAGUACAGAAAAAUAUGCUUGUCUUAAGCUUGAAAUUAAUAAUUUAGAACAACAAAAAUUACAAACGGAUCAACGCGCUAAUAAAUUUAAAACACUUUUAGAUGCUGCAAAGAAAGAAUUACAAACUGCAAAAGAUGUUGAAUUACAACGAUAUCACAGUGAUGAUUAUACACGUGUAUUAACGGAUAAAUUACAAAAUGAAUUAGAUAAUAAUAAAUUAUUAAUUAAUGAAUUAUCAAAUGAAAAACAACAAUUAACUGAUAAAUUAAAUAAUUUUAAUGAAACAAAUCAACGAACUAUUAAUUUAUUAGAACAAAACUUACGUAUUGCUAAACAUGAUUUAGAUAUUACAAAAAAAGAUUAUGAUACACUUCAAGAUGAUUUCAAUUGUUAUAAAAUUCGAGCUCAAAGUGUUCUGAAACAACAUCAAGCAAAUCAACGUGAACGUACACCAUCGUUAGCAACUAAACAAAUUGAAUAUGAAGAAACUAUUGAAAAAUUAAAAAAUAAUCUUCUAGAAGCAAAUACUAAAAUUGAAAUAUUAACUUCUGAAAAAGAAACUAUUGAAAAAGAACAAACUCAUCUUAUUGAAAUUCAAGCGAAAUUAAUGAAUGAAUCAAGAAAACGUGAACAAGAUCUUCGUAAACAACAUCAAAUAGAAAUAAAUAAAAUUCAAAAUGAACAUUUACAACGAAUAAAAGAUAGUCAAAAUGAAUUAGAAACUGUUACACUUCAAAAUGAAACACUUGCAAUAGAAUAUAAAGAACAAAUUGCUUUAAUGGAUUCUGAUCAUGAACAGUCAAUAUCAUUUGUAAAAAAUCAAUUAGAAACAGCUCGACAAGAAAUUGAACAGUUAAAACUACGUAUUAAUUUAUUAGAACAAACAAAUAUUGAUAAUGAAAAACUAACAUCAAAUUCUGAAACAUUACAUACCGGUAUAAAUCAUGAUUCCGAGAGAGAUUCUAUCCUUGCAUGGAGUGAUUCCGAACGUCAACAAACAGAAGGACCCGUAAUGACUAAUAUUGAUCAUCAAUUACAAGUUGUUCCUGUUAAUAUAUCUGAUAGUAAUAAUUUAAUAGAAGAUCAUAAUACAACUAAUUUAUCAUCAACAAAUAAUAAAUUACAUCCUGUUGCAACUGAAAAUAUUGAAUUAGAACGUCAACGUUUGGAAGAUGAAUUAAAUCGAUUGAAAUUACGUUUAUUUGAAACAACAGAACUUUUAAAUGAAUCCGAAUUAAAUAAUACACGUUUAAAUGAACAAGUUACAUUACUUAAAGAUGAAAUAAGACGUAUUGAACGUAAUAUGGAUCGUGCUGAAUCAAUAUCAAAUUUAGAAUAUUUAAAAAAUAUUAUUUUAAAAUUUUUUAUUCUGAAAUCUGUACCGGAACGUUUACAAUUAAUACCUGUUCUUGUUACAAUGCUCAAAUUAAGUCCAGAUGAACAAGCUCAACUCGUUCAUACUGCAAAUAUACCUUUGAUAAAUGAUGAAAAUUUAAACAGUAAUGAUUCAUCAAUUCAACCAAUGACUAAUGGUGCAAAUGCUCCUUCAUGGGGUUCUUAUUUAAAUAUUUGGUGA